AGUCUCUUGACCCCUCUCUCUCUCUUCCGCUUUCCCUGCUACCUCCCUCUCUCGCCCCUCUCUCCCCCGCUGCCUUACCUCCUCUCUCUAAGAGAGUUUGCUCAAUAAUUGAUGAAUCUUGCUUACUGAAAGGGUAACAGGUCUAUAGCAAUAGUCCAUCACCCAUUCACAUGUAUCUAUUCCCCCUCCCAGGCAGGUUUUUUGGAGGUGCUGAAUUAAAGCUACAUAAACACUUUUAACACGUUUGCCAGCUUUCAGCUUGUUUGUAAGUGGGCGACAGUUCAACGAUCUCUGAUGUCAGUGCCAGGAUGGGCAUGCAAGAGUUACUCCUGUCAGUCAAUAGGCAGCAGGAGAGAAGGAAGGAUGUAGAGAGAGAUUAAAUGAGAGAGUGGCAGGGGGCAUCGAGAGAGAGAGAGAGAGAGAGAGAGAGAGAGAGAGAGAGAGAGAGAGAGAGAGAGAGAGAGAGAGAUGCAGAGAGAGUGUCAGUUAAUUCACUAUCAGCAGUGAUGGCCUGCAUGCCUGGUUAGCAUAUUUCUGUGUCUGUCUGUAAUACACACUGUCAUGGAGAAAAGAAAUGAGAAGUUGUUCUCUAGAAAAAGAAGUUUCACAUUCGGAGCUUAUGGAGGGAUUGACAAAUUCAUCACUGGAACUGAAAGCAGCUGUGCUGAAUCUGUGGGACACAGCAUACUGGAGAUUUUAGAUUCACCCUCCAGUGAGGCUAAGCCACUCACCUCUGCCACAUCCAGCCAGAAGGUGACAGAGUUGUUUGCGAUAAUUGAAAAGCUACAGGGUAGCAGAUUGGAUGAACAGCGUUGUGAGUUUCCACCCCCUUUGAAGACACGCCUCUUAAAGAUUGGAGAUGGUUUACCCCUCAUCCUGCCCCCUCAAUCUGGAGGCUAUUGGAUUGACCCUCCCUUGGACAGACAUGUGGAGACCAGCCCAACUUUUUCACAAGGGGGGUUUGGCCUGGAAAGCUACGAUAUCAUGGAACGAGACAGUGAAGCUAAAAUGUACCAGGAAUACUUCCGCCACAGAUAUCAUCAUUCUUUCACAGCGUCUGACCCCUCUCUUGGGCCUUUAGUUUUGUCUAUUUGUCUUGAAGAAGAAGAAAAUCGCCUGCGAGUCAUUCUGAGGAUGAAGGAAUGCUCUCUUCAUGGAACAUUCUCUGUUUCUCUCUUUCAACACUUCCCCACAGCCGUAGAGUUGGCAAAGAUGCUGUGCUCAAAUGUCAGUAUAUCAUGUUUUGAGCCUGUGAGUUACUUAAAGGCCCCUGAGCUCAUAAUGGCAUUUGAUGAACAUAGGGUGUCUCAAAACUUUAAAUUUGGGGUCUUGUACCAGAGAGAAGGACAGUUAACUGAAGAAGAUAUUCUCAGUAACAAUGAGGAAAGUGAGGAGUUUUUGGAGUUUCUGUCGAUACUAGGGCAGACAAUCAAACUACAAGGAUUUACUGGCUUUAGAGGAGGUCUGGACGUGUCUCAUGGCCAGACAGGAGAGGAGGCAGUGUUUACCUCCUUCCAUGGAAGAGAGAUUAUGUUUCAUGUUGCCACUAAACUUCCCUUCACUGAAGGUGAUACCCAACAGCUACAGAGAAAAAGACACAUUGGCAAUGAUAUAGUUGCUUUGGUUUAUCAGGAGGGUCAUACACCUUUCAUCUCGGAUGUGAUCAGAUCCCACUUCUUGCAUUGUUUUAUCGCAGUAAGGAGGAUAAAGAGAGAAAGUGAGGGAGGGGAUGGAGGAUCAUUUCAGGUAUCUAUCACCGCUAGGGAGGAUGUGCCCCCAUUUGGCCCGCCUCUUCCUUCACCACCCAUUUUUACAGAGGGUUCUGUUUUGAGAGAGUUCCUCCUGACCAAACUUAUAAAUGCUGAAAUCUCUUGCUACAAAGCUGAGAGAUUCAGUCGACUGGAGUUACGCACACGUUCAUCUCUCUUGGAAGCACUGCGGUCUGAACUAUCUUCCCGCUCUCAGUGCAUGCUGGGAGAGCCGACACAGUCCAGCAUCCCCCUCGCUGAAGGAGGAAGGGGUGUUCCAGAGGCCGGUGGGGGAUUCAUUGAAAACUUUAAGAGAGCUAUAAGGGUGCGUAGUCACUCAUUCGAUACCUUGGGAGUACCAAAGAAAGCAGGUGGUGUGGCAGGACAGAAACUAAAGGAGGGUGAAAGUGACCCAACAAGCAAGCCUGAUGUGUGCUUCACUGACGUGAAAGGUCAAACAAGUCCACAGGAUGACUUAUAAAGAGCAACCCGGGCACCAAAAAUUUCACAUUUUGUGAAGACAUGAAGAAGGGUGGUUACUGUUCUUGAUACAAACAAAGCACAAUUAAGUGAUUAGCACAUUAAACUAGAACAGAUAGUGCCUUGUUUGACUUCAUGCGGCACCUCAAGUACCGACAGGUGGAUGACGUCACAGUUUUGCGAGAGCCAUUUGAAAAUCGUUCUCGCGGUACUUCAACGACAUCUGCCUGUCGGUUCUUGUGGUGCCGCAAGUCGAACAAGCCUAUUGCUAGUUUAAGCGUGUCUAAAAGACGAAAAUUAAAUUAUUUCAUGCAUAUUAUCAUUUGAAUGUCUCCAAAGUGGCAAUUUUCAAUCUAGCCAACAAGGGAAUUAAAUUUCUGGAGAAACCAUUCUUUCAGAUUGUCAAAGUAUUGAAAAUGUACUCGUAUUUAGGUUUCAUCUUUAGUGGCAAAACAUUAAAUUUGCUUAUUCUUUUA